GUAUUCAAAUCUUUUUCCCGACAGUUACUAGAUUGAUGAAGACACUCUCUAACUUCAAAAGACACUGAUCUGUUAAUGUUGAUCUCGCGUAGCUCACUCCAUUUGCAAUGUAAUGUGAAUGCCUCUAAAGUUUUUUUUCACAACCUUUGCUCUGAACAUCCCUGCUUCAUUCAGAUCCCUCACCUGCCUGUACUGCUGAUGUUAAUAUGGAAAAUAUUGGUACAGAAGCAGUUAAUUGGAUGUAUUAAGGAAGAAUAGAAUAUGGAAAAACCUCAUCACUGGUUAAACCUACCUCAGGAUAUAUUGUUGGAAGUAUUUAGAUAUCUAACACCAGAAGGAAAAGCUAACGUCCGUGCAACCUGCAAGUACUUACAACAGUUAAUUGAUCACCCUACUUUAUGGACGAACGGUACAAUUGUCCUGAAAAGUUUACCAUGCUUUAACUCGUUCUUUUGGAGAACACUAAGAAAAAGGCGAAUAAGAUCUGUGGUGAUUAAGGAAGCAACACAGAAGCAACGACAGAGGAUGGUGAAUUUACUACCUGACCUGACAGCUGUUACUAUUGAUAUGAAAAAAAAUUUGGAGAGUCUAAGCACUUUGAAAUCACUUGCAAACUUACAGAAGUUACAACUGAGUAAUAAUUUAAAAGUGCUAGAUCAAAAACUGCUAAGAGAAAUUGCUUUCUUCAAACAACUGACUCAUUUGGUUUUGUGCACUUCAGUAUUUAUCCAGGACAGUUCAUUGCACCACCUUGCAGAAUUAUCAAAAUUACAAGCAUUGACACUUCACGCCAGACAGAAAAGCCCUUCUUUGAUAUCACUUCGCUAUGUUUUGUUUCGAUUGCCAAAACUGAGGGAACUGUCACUAAGUUCUGUGGAAAAUUGGGAGAAUUUAUCAUUAUGUUUUACCUCACCAGAAAUGAUAACUCCUAAACUGACAGAAUGUGACAGUUUUGAGCCACAGUACAUCUCUCACCUUCAAUUAGAGAAGUUGAGACUUUUGAAUAGCAUCAAUGGUCCACUGUCUGAGACAGCACUCGAGCAGUUGUCGAAUGUCUGUAGUUUUUCUGUGAGCCUCAGCAAGCCACCUAUGUUAAUGAACAGCAAUUUUGUGCACAGUAUGUUGGAGAACUUGCCAAACAUCACUGAAUUGGAACUUAGCUGGACUGGACCUCUUACUGAGUAUGUGAAGAUUUUGCCAUCAGAUCUUGCAAGCUUGGAUUUAAUAAAUACAAGACUCUCCAGUGUGGAUGUGCAGCUUAUAUCAGAUUCAUCUGGGAAAACUCUUAAACAUCUCGGCUUGGUGAUGUGCAGUGGUAUGACUGAAAUAAUGCUAAAGCGGUUGCCACAACAGUUUCCUUUUCUGCAGAGCCUUGACCUUAGUGGGUGUAGAUUGUUGAAACCAGACAUUUUGGUUGGCUUUGCAGAGUUGGCAUUUCUAAAGGAAAUCGUAAUUUCAAACAAUCCACAUUUAACUGAUGUAAUACUGAAGCAGUUUCGAACUUUAACUGACAACAGAGUGUAUGUCACACAGAAGAACAAGAGAAAUCACGAUAGAUGCGAUUGUUAUUUUGUUUUUGGUCUGUGAGUGGACAAAGCAAAAUGUUUCAUGCGUGAUUAAGGUAUAAGGUUGACUGAGAACUGAAGAAAUGUGCUCAUGACACAGAUGGACUGGAUUCACAACUAUCAUGUUAAACGUCUGGCAAGCGGAAAUCCAUGAAGUCAAAUGACAAGCUUAUUGAUAUGUGCAUACCAAGCAUUUUAAUUUAAAAUUGUCAAUUGUCAUAAUAACAAAAGUCAUUUAUAGUUUGGUAAAACAUUUAUUCAAGUUUAUUAUUGUGUUUGUUUAUUAUUCUAUAUUACACAUGUGUAUGACCACCAGGGGGAUCUCUUGCACAAGUUUCACAUCAUUGUGAUUUUAACCCUUGAAGAACUACACCUUUUAAUAUACCUUUCAUUAUAGAGACAUAUUCUCAGGUUUCCAAAAUUGUUUUCCGUCUUUGCCAGGGAAUAUUUGUUUGUCACAAGUAGGAUUGAUAAAGCUAUAUGGAGAAUCUUAGCAAAAUCUUCAGAUUUUUUUUUAUAAGAAAGAAGAUAAUAAUGUUCUUCUGAAAGAGACUUGUUUCAGUUGAAUACAAGAUGGCCAUAAAUCUCUCAAUGGGAAUUUUAUUCUCUACAGUCUAUUCUAAUAUAACAUGAUAGUUCUGUUCCUGUGCGAUCCCACGUUAUAAGAAAAUCACAUACCAACACCAUUUAAACCAAUGGGACCGGAAUCGCAUUAGUCAAUACAGGUAAGGAAAGUUCAUGUUUUAUAAAUAAUGGCCUAAACUCUUCAAUCACAUUAUAGUCAAUUCAUGUUGAAGAAACAUGCAUUAUAGCAGAACUGACUGUAAUAAUUUUAAUAGUAAAAUUAGCAGUAAUAUGCAAUACGAUAAUCAUAGUCAUACAACAUGGAACUCGACCCUUCAGUCCAACCAGUCCACACCAACCAUGUUCCUAAAUUAAACUAGCU